AUGAUCCCCGGCUUUACAUUUAGCCUGGGUUUCUCCGGUGGACACUAUGGACAUGGAUCAGCUGUUGGCCGGACUGGUGACGCAGAACUUCUUCACCAUGCUCGACACUUUAAGUGGUUUUGCCAUACCUGGUCCCAUAGUCAGCCACACCUCCUAUCAGAAUCCGCCCUGCUUGAUCAGUUGAUGAAGAACAAGGAAUUUGCCACG